UCGGUACAAUGCAAGCAGAUUGCCUAAAGAUGACGUGAAAGGUUUCAGUUCCUGACCAUGGCAUAUAAUCUGAUAAAAAGAAAAUAAAUAUUCUGUUAAGUUUAUUUUAACGUUCUACACCUCUCACUUUGAUGUCCCACAUUGCAUUUAUUAAAAUUUGAACCGCAGUAUUCAGGAUGACAUGUAGGCAUUCAUUAAACAUAACAUAAAUGUUUUUUGUUGUGAAAUAAGUUUCUUCCAUAUACAUUUCAUAAUACGUUAAAACUUCUAACACGUAGAAGAUUCUCCCGGCCGCAGUACCAGAGCUUUCAGCAUUGAUGAGGAGGCUUCUUAGACGGAUCUGAAACCCGCUGUUGGAAAUGGCGGCCGAGAUGCAGGCAAGUGAUGUCCAGCUGAAGCUUGAGAAUGGCACUUACUCUCUGAUGAAAACACCGCUUGUUCUUGCGGUUGACCACUCCAACCAAGUUCAUUUGCACAAGGAUGGACCGAAUCAAGAUGUUAUAAAAUGUCUCCAAGGGCUGGAUGAUUGGUCAAGGGACAAAGUUCCCACCCAGAAACUGAAAGCAUCCAGUUUCGGGGACUAUGAGUUUUCGCUGGGAAUUAUCCACUCAAGACAUUUUGAGUCGCGCGAGAAGCUGGACUCCCUGUACUCUCAGGAGUGGCAAUAUUCCGAACCUUUUGAUCCGAACAAGAAAGUGGAGACGGUGGAAAAAAUUACAUUUCAGAAGGCCUUGGAACUUCUGACUGUGACGAUCUCCUGCAACAUGGACUAUUAUUUGGCAAAUUACGAAGAAAUGGAAAAAGAUUUAGGACGAAAAUUGGUCAAUUUUGAUCGAGAUGACGAGAAAUUAGUGAAAGGUUUGGAACAGGAGCUGUUCUACAACCAAGUUGUUAAGAUUAUCGGAGGAAGCGUGGAUGAUGACAGGGCAACCUCUUCAGUGAUGCUCAAAAACUUCAGGAAUUUGUUUUACGACGGGAAUGACACGUUCGCUACAGCAGAACAUGGAGAACAUUACCUCAUCUUCCACCAUCUUACUUCAUAGUGAGGUUGACGUUCAUAAACUUGUAUGCGGCCGAAUUGCCAAACAGGCCUUUUUUUCAGCAAAUUUGACGAUUAGGGCCUUUUUUUCAACAGCGUUCGCCGGCAAAAAUCUGCGUUGGCCUUAAAUUUGUAAACGUAAAUGUAUAAAAACCCAGAAAAAAUUUAUUAGAGCAUUUAAAAUUACAAAAUUACUGAUAUGUUUUAGCCAUUUUAGGAGCAAAUUUGGCCGUUUUCUCUUGCCACUGUAUGGCUACCCUGGUACGUGAAUCACUGUAAUGCGGAACUAGAUCCCGAAAAAGUUUUUUACUGUCGCCAGUUGUUAGCUUGUUGAAUUGAUUUCUUAUUUCUUUAAUGAACUUACUACAUAUAUUUAUCCUAUCAUGUUUACAGAUAUUAAGCGAAAAGCUUCUUUCGUUUUUGAAUCCCUCGUAUGAUAUUCUUUAGCUCGGAAAACUUGCAAUGGAUUCGUGGACGAUUAAAAUUUGGCAAAAAUCAGUGUCAAUAAUCCCUAAUUCCUUCCAUUUUGACGAAAAAUCGGAGCAAUAUAUAUCAGAAAUGUGAAAUUUCAAUUGCGCCCAAACUGUCCUUGUCUCCAAGGGGAAAUAGUUCUUGGCAAUAAUUUGCAUCACUCUGAUGCCAUCUCUUUCUCUGAUAAGCAUAACUUACCCAAUUUUCCUUUAGAUUUUAGAAUUAUUCGGUUAUACGUUAACCUAAACUUAGAAACGGCACUUCUUUAACGAAAUUUCAAAACUCGCUUAUUUGCUGCUUAGUUAUUCAUUGCUUAACAACAAUUAUCAGUAAUACA